AGCUGAUUUCAAUUCACUUAUCGUCAACGUGGGACUGAGAAGCGCAACAACUCGCAAGACUGGAAAAACUCAACGUUAGACGCUUACAUAAAGUUAUGCGUUAAAAUCCAUGAAAUCAAAUGGAUAAUGCAGUGAGUCGGAGCACAUGAGACUGUCUGACACGCGGGGAUAUUUAAAACAGAAACAUGCGCUCUCAUUAUUGGGUUCAAGGUGCAGGACGCAGCCCAGAUUUCAGGAGGUUCACGGUUGUUGAAGUAUCAGGAAGCAGUGAAUCGGUGCAGAGUCCAGCACUCAGUCCUAGGAAAAGGCUUCAUUCUGCAGAGGAAGUGCAAUGUGGCAGCCGGCCAAACCCGGAGGGUGCCGGUUCAGUGUUCGUAACGGAGUUAAGUUAUUCUGAGAACAAGCAUGGGAGGGAAAGCCUGUGUCAGCGAUGUCAAAUCAUUGCAAACCAACUGAACAGGCAGGCGCGUGAACUGGCUGAGCCAGGAACUCUGAAGGACCCGAGCUUUGCAGCCUUCCUUCUUGACAAGCUCCAGACUCUGGAAUGGCCUCUGAGGGGCUGUGGUGCCCAGAGCAGCUGUGAAGUAUGUGGAACCCCCCUUCACCACCUGAGGCGCCUGGCACUCCAUUCUGCCCUGGGGCUGGUGUUCGACGACAUGCCUGACCUGCAGCCCGGGACCCUUUCUGGCCUGCUGCCACCACGUGUGGCAUCUCACAGUUCCAUCUCACCCCCUGCUUCCUGGGAAUGGCCCACACAGUGUUCUCCAGUUUCUAGCAGUCAAAAACUCACCGGGCAACCAUGUGGCCUGCAGUCUAGAGAGAAAAUGCAGGAAAUGGGUUGGAAUCAAAAUGGAGCAGCGAGAGUGGGUGGCAAACGAACCUGUUUGGCCACUGUGACUCCACUUCCUCUACAUGCACAACACUACCUGGAGGGAGUGUGGCGUGUGACAAGCACCUCAGACCAUCUUCGCUCAUUGAGUCCUACUGUAGAGAAGGACAGUUUUGCAACUGUAGCUUCCAGGUCCAGUCAGGCCAGUGCUGUACCUUUGGUUUCUCCAUCAGGUCAUAAACCGAUCCACAAUGACCAGCCAGCCAUCCCACCAGCACCCCAAACCAGCUCAGCAGCCUCAUUCUUCCUCAGGGCUGCCCAGAAGCUGAACCUCUCCAAACGGAAGAAGUGUCAGCCGCUUCCGCCUUCCCCACCUGACCCAGAAGUGCCGUUCUUCUACACUGACGGCUUCAGAGCUGCCCUGCAGCUCUCACCCCCACCUGUACCCCCAUGUCUCCUCAGGGCAGGGUCAAAGGUUAAGGACAGCCCCGGCAUGGGAAAGGUGAAAGUAAUGGUGAGGAUAUGCCCUGCCAAAGGAUCACGAGACACCUCAGAAUCCAUGUCCUUUCUCAAGGUAGAGGGCCAUAAGAAACAGCUGACCUUUUGUGAGCCACCCACCUGUGCACGCUCCACCUCUGCCCCCACCCCAAAGAUGUUUACCUUUGAUGCUGUCUUUACCCAAGAUGCUUCACAGGCGGAGGUGUGCUCAGGGACAGUGGCCGAGGUUAUCCAGUCUGUGGUCAACGGGGCAGAUGGCUGCAUCUUCUGUUUUGGUCAAGCCAACCUCGGCAAAAGCUACACCAUGAUCGGCAGAGACAGCUCUACACAGAGCUUGGGUGUGGCACCCUGUGCUAUCUCCUGGCUCUUCAAGCUCAUCGAGGAAAGGAAAGAGAAGACUGGCACACGAUUCUCCAUCCGCGUGUCUGCUGUGGAAAUCUGUGGCAGGGAGGAGGUGCUGAGAGAUCUGUUGGCUGACUUUUCCACAGGGACUUCCCAGGACAGUCAGGGUGCAGGAAUUUCCCUGCGAGAGGAUCCGGUCUGUGGAUCACAGCUGCAGAACCAGAGCGAGUUGCGGGCGUACUCUGCAGAGAGAGCAGCAUUCUUCCUGGAUGCGGCUCUGGCAGCACGCAGCACCAGCAGAUCUGACUGUAAGGAAGAGGACCGCCGGAAUUCUCACAUGCUCUUCACCCUACACAUUUCCCAGUACCGUAUGGAGAAGAGCACUAAAGCAGGAAUGUCUGGGAGUCGUAGCCGUCUGCAUCUUCUGGACUUGGGCAGUUGUGAGUCUGAUUUGAGUCAAACACGGGAUGGAGGGAGAGGCCAAUGUCUGUCAUUGGCUGCUCUUGGAAAUGUCAUCCUAGCCUUGGCCAAUGGAGCCAAGCAUGUGCCAUACAGAGACAGCAAGCUUACCAUGCUGCUGAGGGAAUCACUGGGCAACAUCAACUGUAGAACCACCAUGAUCGCCCACAUCUCUGAGUCGCCAGCCAAUUAUGCCGAAUCUCUCACCACUGUGCAGCUUGCUUCCCGUAUUCACCGCAUGAGAAAGAAGAAAUCCAAGUAUGCAUCGAGUUCCUCUGGAGGCGAGAGCUCCUGUGAAGAAGGACACAUCAGACAGAGACCCUUCUACCCUCGGACUGUGGCACUUGACCCAGACCACCCUGCAAUGUUAUCCAGUGACCCAGAUUACUCCUCCAGUAGUGAGCACUCAUGUGAUACUGUGAUCUAUGUGGGGCCUGGUGGGACCCCUAUCUCCGAUCGUGAACUCAGUGACAAUGAAGGCCCACCAGCAUUUGUUCCUAUCAUUCCCUCCCUGAACAAGAAGCGUGUAAAAGAGGGGCCUAAGUCUGAUGGGGACCACCUAAAAUGUAACACCUUUGCAGAGUUACAAGAACGACUUGAGUGUAUUGAUGGCAGUGACAGCACAUCUGUUUUCACCAGUGAAGGAAAAGGCCAACAGACAGCCUCCAAAAGUGGACUGGAAAGCAUGUCAGAAGGGGCUUCUGUAUCAACCAGGACCGCCAAGUCCUCUCUUCAAAAGCCUGCGCACCUGCAAUAUGGGACCACAUCUGAAAUUAACACGACUUUAAGGCAAGAUUCAGAGCCUGUUGUGAGAGAGAAAGUCUUUAAUAGAGGACCUAUACAAAAACCCAAUGCCUCUUCAUCCUUGCAGAGAAUCUCAAAGACCUCAGUUUUGAAUACCGAGUCGAUUUUAGCUACACGGACACCUCCAGUAGGUAUGAGUCAACAAGCCCUAAGGCAGGGAGAACGCAAUGACUCCCCAAUUACUGACAGAUCCCAUCACCUCAGCAGAAGUCCUGUGGAGGUGAGCCACCUACGUGCUGCUCUGAGGAACAGGUGCCUCGAUAGGGAUGUUUUAAGGACUACAGUUACACUGCAGCAGCCUGUGGAGCUCAAUGGAGAGGAUGAGCUGGUGUUUAUGGUGGUCGAAGAGCUGCCUGCUGGUCUGGUUCCAGACAAUGGGAGACCAUCCAGCAUCAUUAGUUUCAACACAGACUGUUCUUUGCAGGCCCUGGCAUCUCACUCACGGCCUGUUAGCAUUAUCAGCAGCAUCAACGAUGAGUUUGAUGCAUACACAUGCCAGAUGAGCAGGUCCCAGCUGAACCAAGGUACUACUAAGUCACAGGAGGAAUUUACAGCUGGACAUGCAACUGCACACUCUUCAGUCGGCUCCUGGUCUUGUAAAACAAAUAUUUGUACCCCAAGAAGUGAUGAGACUGAAGGGAGCCUCUCGUCAAGGGGAGUGCGCAAGGGACCAGUCAGCAACUCCAUGAUGGAUUUACCUGGUGGUUUACACAAAGAAUCUUUCUCCCAGCAAAGAAAAAAUAGUCCAUUGGGUGACAGUGGAAUUUGCUUUUCAGAACAAGACUAUGAUUCUGCAGCCAUUGACAAAUUGUCCAUAUCUAAGUGCCCUCUAUCUCAUGACAGUACCAAAUCAUCCCUCGGUGGUCCAAAGUUGAUAAGAUCUAAUAGACUCAUAACCUCACAGUCUGCCCAAAUCUCAUUCAUUUCUACACUCCCCAGAAAGAGCAUCCAAACAGCAUCUUCUAGCAGUAGCUACAGCCAUGAGCUACAACACCAAGGUAGCAGAAUAGAUAAACAAUGGACCCACACUAGUAGUGGGCUACACUCGGCCAGAAAUUCAGAGUUUAACUCUGUUAGCAAACCACCAAAAAAUGGCACGAGUGGGAUUCCGUCUAGAAAGACAGGCGGGAAUAGCAACAGUGUACCUCGCCCUCCUAAAAUACAUGUGUCAUCCACAUCUCAAAGGGUUGUGGAUGGUUGUGAGAAGUCGAGCAUUAAGAAAGGGGACCUGAGCAAGAUGCCCCAGCUCAAGAGAGGAGCCACCACUCUCGGCAUGGUCUCAGUGCCCCAUAGUUCAAAUGAGAUGAAAUGGGGUAAUGAUUCCUUGCAAACGACUGGUAGCCUGAAAUUCUCAUCCUUAGGAAAGAGAGCUAAUGGACAGAAAGGUAGUAUGCUCCCUAAGUCUGGAAGCAUGUCACCCCCUGCUCCACCUGUCCGAAAGUCAAGCCUCGACCAGAAAACACGGAUUUUGUUGUCUCCAAGUGCCUUAAAGUCUGUAGGUAAUGAUGGAACAAGAUUGUCUUCCUCCAAAGCAUCGGUUUCUGAGGAGGACUUUGAUGUUCGAGUUAGAGGGGAAUCCGUUAGCUUUAAGUCAUCCAGCCUGAAGACAGCUUCUAGUCUUAUAUCACAUAAUGCUAAAGGAGACAAUGGAAAGCAUUUUGGUAGUCUUAUGUCCCUUGAAAGGUGUGACAGUUUAACCUCAGUGGGUUCCAGACCAGUACCCUCAAGGGAAAACAGUAAUGUCAGUAUCAGUAGCACUGGCAAAUCUGCUAAAAUGGUGCCAAAACUUGGGACGCCCUGUUCAAUAUCUACACCAACUGCCACUUCCCCUCCAUCUACUAGUGGAAUUUGUAAGCUUGGACAUAUAAAAGCCAGUAUAACUCCUAGAUCCAUUGUUGGGAAUGGCAACAAAGGAAAGGCCUUGUCAAGUACUGGUUCAAAAUCUUUUAGCUCCUCUACCAAGUUCCUUGCUGCGUCGGCUGCUCGCAAUACCAGUCUACCUCCAACUGGAAAACCCCCAUCUCACUCUGUCAUAGGCUCCAAUGCUAAACAAGGAAGGGGCACUAUUAUGGGCACAAAGCAAGCUAUUCGUGCAGCCAACAGCCGGGUCAGCGAAUUAGCAGUUGGUAGCUCCAAGAAACAGCUCAGGGGCUCUGACCAAGCAGAUGGCAACAAUGAUGCCAGAACUUCCAGCGAGACACCAUUGGCUGCUCCUUUGCCUUCUCCUUACAGCAAGAUCACGGCCCCUCGCCGUCCUCAGCGCUACAGUAGUGGCCACGGUAGUGACAACAGCAGUGUACUUAGUGGUGAACUGCCCCCUGCCAUGGGGCGCACUGCACUUUUUUAUCACAGUGGAGGCAGCAGUGGCUAUGAGAGCAUGAUCAGGGACAGUGAAACUACAGGCAGUGCAUCUUCUGCCCAUGAUUCCAUGAGUGAAAGUGGAGUGUCCACGUCCAGUCGAAUAAAGGCCUCAAAAUCUCCCAAAAAGAGAUCCAAUGGCCUGCAGCGACGCCGUCUGAUUCCUGCUCCUCUGCCAGACACCUCUUCUCUGGGCAGGAAGGUUGGUGCAGCAGGCCAGUGGGUCGAUCUACCUCCACUGGGGGGUACUAUGAAGGAGCCCUUUGAGAUCAAAGUGUACGAGAUUGAUGAUGUGGAUCGCCUUCAGAGACGCAAAGAAGGGUUGACAGAGGGUUUGCAGUACUUCAACGCCCGCCUUAGGAUGUUGGAGAAGAGGCAGCAGCAGAUCAGGGAGAUAAGAGCCAAGUAUGAGAAGCUGAAAAAAGAGUUGGAGGAUGCCAAGACUCGUCUCAUGCUGGACCCCAGCAAAUGGAUGGGAGAAUUUGAUGUGGACCCAGAUCUGGACCAGGAGUCACAGGACUACCUGGAGGCUCUGGCUCAGGCCACAGGAGACCUGGAGUUUUGUGUCAACCUAUGCAAGUCUCGUGUGAUGAUGGAGACCUGCUUUGAUAUCGCAGUGCCCGCGAUCCCAGGGCAGAGUGGACAACAGGAGAUGGAGGUCUAAGAGAGAACAAAACAGGAUGUUGUUUGCAAGCUAGUUGUGAGUUACGGCAAGACCACUUCUUUUCUGGAAUUGAGACUGUCCUUCUUGGAGCAACGCAACAAGUAAAGGUAUUGAAUAAGCAUGGUUAAAAACUCCCUGAAAUUCUGAGAAACAAAGAGACCGAAUAGAAUAAGAGCAAGACCGUGUCCUGAGAUCUUCUUUAUACUUUACCAGGAAGUGCCUUAAACC